AUGCCAGAGCGCCUCGGUCACCUGCCUCUCAGCGGGAGGAGAGAGGUCCUGCAGCCGUCCGGACACGGCUCACAGGUGCGGUGCUCCGGGUCGAGGCGGUGUUUCUGGGGGCAGGCGGGCAGGCAGCGGCCCUCCCUCCGCAGGAAGAGCAACCCCGGGGCGCAGCUCAGGCAGGCGUCCUCCCCCGCCCCCCCGCACUCGCCGCAGCUCGGGUCGCACCGCUCGCAGAACACCCAGACCACCAUCAAGUUGUUCCAGGAGUGCUGUCCACAUUCCACCGACCGAGUGGUUUUGGUGGGAGGGAAACCAGAGCGCGUCGUCGAGUGUAUAAAAGUAAUUUUGGAGCUGGUGUCGGAGGCUCCCAUCAAAGGCCGCGCCCAGCCGUACGACCCCAACUUCUACGACGAGACCUACGACUACGGCGGCUUCACCAUGCUGUUCGAGGACCGGGGCCGACGGCCCAUGGGGGGGUUCCCCAUCCGGGUGGGGGGCAACUUUGAGCGCAUGCCCCCGGUGCGAGGCAGCAGACCCAUGCCUCCCGCCAGGGGGGAGUACGAGGACCUGAGCCCUCGCCGGGGGCCCCCGCCCCCACUCAGCAGAGGGCUGAGAGGGGGGACGGAGACAGAUUCUCUCACGGCAGUUAUCACGGCAGCAUGGACGACAGACCAGGACAGAAGAGGCAGAGGAGACCGCUACGACAGCCUGAGUGGAGGCGGCUAUGACAACAAUUCCUCCUGGGAGCGCUUCCCGUCGGGUGGCCGAGGCUCGUACAGCGAUAUCGGAGGCCCCGUCAUCACCACGCAGGUCACCAUCCCCAAAGACCUGGCCGGCUCCAUCAUCGGGAAGGGCGGCCAGAGGAUCAAGCAGAUCCGCCACGACGUGAGGCAGUACUCGGGUCGCUUCUUCUAG